AUGUUUUCCGAUGAUACGGCAAUUUUGUCGACAAGUAAGAAUCAGCUGACAGCAACUGACAACUUACAAGCAUCAAUUAAUAACAUUUUUGCCCGGACGAGACGUUGGAAAAUUAAGAUAAAUGGCGAUAAAUCGGUACACGUCAACUAUACGUUACGUAAAACUGAAAACAUUCCAAUUUUACUGAGUCAAACUUUAAUCCCACAAAAAGAUUCAGCAAAAUAUCUUGGAAUGCAUCUUGACUCUCGUUUAAACUGGAAACAUCAUGUCCGUCAGAAAAAAAUACAGGUUAAAGAAAAAAUACGAAAGCUCUAUUGGUUAGUUGGACCUCACUCUGAGUUAACUAUAGAAAACAAACGUCUACUAUAUGUAGCUAUUAUAAAACCAAUUUGGACCUAUGGCAUUCAACUGUGGGGUUGUGCUAGUAAGUCUAACAUUGAUAUAAUACAACGUUGACAAAACAUCGCUCUUCGGACUAUCACUGCAACCUACCGGUUUGAAAGAAACGAUGCCAUUCACCGCGAUAUGAUGCUGCCUACAAUAGCAGAAGAAAUCCAAAAGUUUGCUCGUAAACACGAGAGGAGAUUAGAGGACCAUAUCAACCCAAUGGCUAUCGAACUGUUAGACAACUCCAAAGACAUUAGACGCCUUAAACGUCUGAAACCNGUUUAA